UUAUCAGACCCAUUCGUGUCUCGAGGAUUCAUUCCCGUCAAGAAGUGCAUCCGAGUUCCGGGUCAAUGGCUGGCCGCCGGCGACGACAGCGCAGCAAGAACAAGCACAAGACAGCGUCGAGGAGCGACAUCCCGUCAGGGCCAACGACCGUCCACCAAGUCCCCGACCACCUCCUCGAGCUCGUGCUCCUCCGGGUUGGCUCUUCCGUCGCCCUCGUCCGAGCCGCCUUCACCUGCAAGCGCUGGCGCCGCCUCGUCGCGGACACCGCAUUCCUGGCCCGGUUCCGCUCCCUCCACGCAGCCCACGUCGCCGGUCACUACCACGUCGUCGACCGGCCCUACCGCGAGAAGCUGCCGCCCGACGGGAACAACCAGAACCAGGUGUUCGUGCCAGACCCCUCGGCUGCCGACGCCAUCGACAGACGCCACUUCUCCCUCGAUUUCCUCCCGGAAUGCGAUGACUCCUCGUCCUGGGAGCUCGCCGACAGCCGCGGCAGCCUCCUUCUCUUUUACAGGGCGAGAACAAACUGGACGGGGCGGCUUCGCUUCCCGGACCUCGUCGUCUGCGAGCCGCUCUCGCGGCGGUACCAGGGGAUCGCCUACCCGCCGGCGAUGCGUCUCCACCUGUGCUUCGGCGCGUUCCUGCUCGACGGUGGCGCCGUCGACGAGACGGGUGGCUGCAUCGGCAUGUCAAACUUCCGGGUGAUCGUCGCGGUCUACGAAUACGUCGCGCAUGCCCGUGCCGCACCCCGGGCCUGCGUGUUCUCCUCGGGCGCCGACGGCGGUUGGAGCUUGAGGCAGCGCGCGGCCGGCAGCGGCAGCGGCGGCGUCCCCCUCUCGUGGUUUGGCUUGAUCAAUUUUGUAGGGCGCACGCGCUGGUCGCUAUACUGGACGAUGGAGCGCGACGGCGCCGUGCUCUCUCUCGACGAGUCCACCCUGGAGUUCUCGCUCGCCAUGUUCCCGGAUGCCGUCGUGGGGUGGCGGGACGAGUUGUCCACCUUCUGGGUCAUCGGCGGCGAGGACGGCGCGGUGCGCGUCGUCCGCAUGAUCAACAGAGACCUCACGGUCUUUGCGCAGCUCCAGGGCGGCGGCGAGUGGGUGACGGAGAAGGUCGUGAGGCUGCGGCCGGCCGACAUUGUCGCGGCCAACGAGAGGUAUGUCCUCUUGACGCCGAGGGGGCAGACCUGCCUUUUCUCCGUCGAGCUCGACACGCUGCAGGCGGAGAGCACGCACGAGAGGAACAGGUACGCGGGAGCGGCGUACCCGUACGAGCUGCCCUGGCCACCGGUCUUGCAGGCCUGCUGUGCUGCCGAUGACACGCGCCGAAGGAGAUACCGCUGAUGUAUUAUGGAAAUUUGUGCAGUGUACUUUACCAGAGUGUUGGAAACGAGAGUUUUGGAAAUGCUUCACGAUGUAUUGAUCGGUGCAUAACGCACGUAUAUAUAAAGUACAAAGUAAAAAGAAAAUAAUGCUAUGUAGGUUUAGCGGGGUUUUACAUGUAGGUGGGUUUUGAUUGAAGAUUAAGA